AUGGCAGCGCCCUUGCGACUCUCCGCUUUAAAGUGUGUUUCCAAUUUAUCAAGAUUUCAACGGAUUUUCCCACAAUUAGUGACAAAAAUCAACUAUUAUUCUUCAGAAAAUGCCGUAGCUAAGUCAGGUGAACCACAAUAUCCACCAAUAGCACCUCCCAAAGACAGUAAACGAGAGUUGAUUCGCAUCGCAUCGGAGCCCGUUCUCGCCGCCGAAACUCCGGCGGAGAUGAUCUACGCUCUGACGAAGAAGUACACGUGGAAUUACAAUAUUCAUCCUUACGCUUAUCCGGGAUUCGUCAAUUUUUAUAAACACAUUACAAAGACCGAAAUUGUAGAUGGAUUCCCAAAGACAAUUGAAUCAUGGAUUCAAAGCGAAGAGGUGCAAAAUCUAACAAAAAGUGUGAUGGACAUUGCAAAGAACGUUCUUGUGAAUGAUCACAACUUGACAUACAGGCACAAACAGAAUAUUGUAUUAAGGGACAGAGAUGUGGGAACACAAGUAUGCAAGAACCUUAUGAAUUGUUUUAUUCCUUACCUGGCUUCAUCUAAUCAACAUCUAAUGGAGGCAGAUGUAGAUUUCGAUGUGGAAAUGCAGUCCUUUUGGCAACGAGGAUCACACAGAUUUUAUCAAUUUCUUGGCAAGCCUCUACUAACUGUUCGAACAAUGCAGCCACUCAGAGAGUUUAUUGAGAAAGAUGCCGAUGUGUGCCAGGGGUCCGUACCAGACUGGCCUUAUCAUCCAAACACCAUCAGUAUUUUCAAAAAGUGUGGAAAUGCAGUAUGCUUCCCAGGCUUCAAGCAUGGUGGUGGUCACCUGAAUGCUCACACCCAGCUAUAUCUUACUGAUGACCGGAGGAGUAAAAUAGAAUCAAACCAUAUCCUACAAGAUGUCCUGGAAGGUCAAGGAAUCAGCACUUCCUUUGCAUGGCUCAAUGCUCUUGCUCUCUACCAACAGCACUGUUGUUACAAUGACAUCCCACACCCGAUGACCUGCCAGACCAUCGUCACUGAUGGUAAGUACUUCUCCUUCUACUGCUAUCAGCUUAACACUCUCAGACUGGAUGACCUAACAGGGGAGGACAAUGACCUUUGCAACGUCUGCUGGCAGGUACGCGAUGUUCCUCUGUUCUCAGCUGUUGAAGAGGGUCAGGUGGUGGAUUUUAAUGAGGAUGUCUUAAAGAUGAUGGUGGCUUUCUUAGCUAAUUCAAGCUUUAACUCAGGUUGAUAUGAUUGGAUUACAAUCAUUGAACUGUAGAUGAUUUGAGAUGGCUUGAGAUAUGAAGGAUCUUGAUAUUCAUUCAUAUACAAAAGAACAGUGUUAGUUUCUCAAAAUUUUCGUUUUGUCUCCUCAUGGCAUGCACCAUAAUCAUGCUCAUACCUAUAUUGAAGAAACUGAAGCACUUUAAUGUCUAAAAUAUUAAAUGCUUCAGCUUUGUUUUCUUCACACAUCAUCUUGUUCCUGGACCCUGUGACACAAGUAAUUGUGAUCAAUGUCAAACUUAAACAAUGAUUGUCAUUGGCUGAUAUGGAGUGCAUUGAAUAAUAUGUGUUUAUGCAACAUGUAAUUUGAUUGGUCAUUGCCAAAUUGCAAUGACAGAAAUUAUGUCCUCUCUUUCGUAUAAGUCAAUUUCUCUAAGAAGAUAAUGGUAUUUUCGGCUAUAUAUGUUUAACAUGAUUAUGAGAGCAAUUUUCCAAAUGAAACCACAGGGCUUCUUUCCUUCUCUUGUUUAUGACCAUAUGAGGCAGCGACAUUGUCUUAUCAACACUUAUUUUGUUGUUGUUGCUAUAUUGUGAAAGUUCUAACAUUAGGCCUAACAUUUUUUGUAGGGAUAUUAACUUCAUGAUGUGAUCAGGAUAUGAUCCCAU